AGCCAAUCAUCUACCUUCCCUUGGGAUGCCCCCCGUCCCGUCGCUCGGUGGGGUGGGGGGUUCUGAGAGAACGUGAAAGUGCCGCGUGAGUCGUUUGUGAUCGCACAAAGGCCACCUGGGGAGGUCACUACGCCUUCGACCGGUAAGUCUUUUCGUCCGCUGUCUCGCUCCAUUUUGUCCGCCUGCCUCUGUUCCCUCGAGGCGCGUGCUGCCCGCCUUCUGGGUCGCUCUGGAGGCUGCGCUGCAUUUUGGCGCGCAAUUUGGACCGGAUCUCGUGCUCGGGUCGAGGGGGGAAGCGCUGCGUUGGAAAGAGCGGUGUCUCUGCUAUCGAUUGAGCCCUUUGUAGCUCCCAAAUCGACGCAUUUUUGGCCAUUCCGCACCCAACUCCCGCCGCGACUCCGCAACACGGGCCCGGGUCUAUUUGAGGACACCUGGUGUGAGCUGAGCUGACGUGGAGACGUCUGUGUUCUGUGCUGUGCUCAGAUGCAGUAGCGGCGCUACUCGGGGGGAAGCACGCAGCACGUAGGGCGCUCAAUGUGUGGAGAUGUUUGUAGCGAGUGAUGGUCACUGAAAUGUAUUGUUAUUAUAUCGGUUAAAUGUUGCAAUCUUGACAGUUGAACCCGGGAUGACGUCGGACAGCGACGGCAACACCAGCAGCACCGUCGUCCUUAGAUCCAUCCGCGUCAAACUUGUAGAAUAUAAAGAAUCUCUCUUGCGGCAGCUGGUGGACGAGCGGGAGGCGGCACUAGCGGCUAGUAAAGAGCAGGAACGGGUGGAUGUGAAGGAGGACGGCGGUAAUAGUUUGGCAGAUGAGGAGGAGGUCUCUCAAAAAGAGGAAAAGCAGGUCGAAGCAGCUGAAGCUGAAGAGCGCAAGCCAGAAAAUGAUGAGAGCACUGUUGCAGUGGAGGAAUCCAUUGCGGAGACGGAGUCUGAGAGCGCUGCAGCUGUGGAGGAGCCUAUAGAAAAGUCGCCAUCCUUCAACGAUGAGGUUAUCUUGAAGAAGAGACGCCUAGCAGAAGAGGAGAGUGUUGUGCAAGCUGAGAAGGAUGCAAUUGCCGUCAAGAAGGCGAAGAGAAGUAAGGCCAAGAGCCACCAGCAGCCGGAGGAGCCCGCAGACAGCAAUAAUGUAUUAUUGGAGGAAAAGACGGACAGCUCGACAGCGGUGGAUGCAGUUGAGCACCAAGCGUUGCCACUGGGACCUCCGUACCGCGUUGUAAGGACGUCAGUGCCUCCAACCAAGUAUUUAAUGCAGACAAGGCGAGACGAAGAGGCUUCGAACCUCAAGGCUCUUCACCAACAGCCAGUUCUGAAGACUUCACCGACACCUGCGGAUCAUAGCACCAGCAACGGAGUCGCGGGUAUUAAACGGCCGGUCUCGACGCCCCGAAGCUCAUCAACUUCGAUGGAUUCGACAAAUGCAGAGUUCGAGGGGAAAUUACGCGAGUCUGUGCGUCUCCAUCGAGAGGUGAACAAGCGGAGUUUGACAGUGACUCGGAAAAGGCAAUUGCCACGAUUGCCAACGCCAGCGCGCGGUAAGUCUCACUGGGAUUUCCUGCUUGAAGAAAUGAAGUGGAUGGCGACGGAUUUUGCUCAGGAACGCAAUUGGAAGCGAGUGAUUCAACACCGCCUGGCGGCUGAUGUGAUUGUUGCGCGGAAUGCGGAAAAUGUGCGCCAAGAACAAGAGAAUCGUCAGAUGGCGCGUGGGAUCGCGCUGCAGAUUUCGGCUUUCUGGCGGACGAUGGAGAGAAUUGCUGCGAGGUCUCGAGUUCGUUUUGAAGCUGCUGGGACGGAUCCUUUAAGUCAAGGCGAGAUGGACGAUCCGAUGUCAGGAGAUCGGAGUGAGGAUGACGGCAAGCGAGGCAAGAGUGAAGAUUUGGAAGUGACUGGUACUGAUGAUGAUGGUUUCACGCUGAAAUAUCAUACUAUUGAAGUCGCACAAAGCAAUGGAAGCAACGUAAUAAGUGGUGAAAAGGGAGACGCGAAGCCAGAAGCAGUGCUAGCGUCGGCAAAGACACACAUGACGUACAUUGUGAGUGCUGGGAAACGAGCUCGCAGUGCAAUGACCCCUUCGUCUGCAGAAUGCGCGGAUAAGUCUUCGACGUGGUCACUACGUGAGGCAGCUUUCCGAGAUUUGCAGGCGCGGUGUAACGCUUUGCAAACUAAGGGAGGUCCUACUAUCAUUUUGGCUGCCUUCCAGCUCUUGGCGUUAAGGUGGAUGCUGGACUUGUACUCGAGCGGUCUCAACAUCUUUCUGAAUGACCAGCUUGGCAUGGGCAAGGCCACUACAAUCGUCGCUUUCCUCAGUUUGAUCGAGAUUGUGUCAUCUAAGAAGCUAUCACAGCAGCAAGAUAGUGAUAACGCUGUCUCGUCAUCAGAAGACCCUGUCAUCGACAAACUGAUAGGUCCGCAUCUGAUAAUUGUAUCGGAGGAGGAGCUUCAUAAAUGGCGGUAUUAUCUGCGGAUAUGGCACCCAGGCCGGCGUAUUCAGCUUUAUGAUGGUGUUGGUAAUACUCCAUCUUAUAGAGAACAACUGCAGCGUGAGUGGAAGAUAAAGUCUCGAGCUCAUGCGCACAAGACCGAAGACGGUUUUCUUGAAGCCCCGGUUCACGGCGAUGACGGAGAAUUGGACGAUGACGAACGCACUGACCCUGUUUACUGUGUGUUGUGUCCCGUAAGUGCAUUCGCUCAAGACCGAGAGGCUUUUGUGGCGUUUGCAAACUGGCAAAUGGUCGUUGUGGAAAAUGAACAUGGUGGUCAGUUCGAUGACGCAGCUUGUGUGUCGGCGCUGCAACAACUUCGACAACAGCAGCGACGAGUCUUGUGCAACGGUCAGUCUCUUGAAAAUUGGAAAAAUACUGCACUACGACUGCAGUACGCUGAAUUUCUAGUGCGAGAAGCGCCUGCUCUUACGGAUGAUGUGACAGAAAGCAGCCAUCGACUGGAGACAUGGCCUGUGCAGGAACUGCAAGUGGAGAGGGCGUCUGUGGCGGAGGUGAUGCAGUUCUAUGGCAAAUCAUCUAGUGUACGAGCGUCGCUGUGGAAGGCUUCUUCUCAGGAUGAUGCACCGCAGUAUAUGAAUGCCUUGCUGCUCGCGUUAUCUUGUCUCAGUUUACGCCGUGUCCGGAGCGAAGUCGAGUCCGAACUAGGCAAGAUCGACGAGAUUAGCUUGAGCUGUCAACCCAGUCCGUCACAAAGAACGCAGUACCGAAACGCAUUGAGUGGGUUUGCUGCAACACUGGAUACUUCCAGUGGCCGCGAAGAGCGUCUGAGUGUAUGGCUGCAGCUUCUACUACGUCUGCGUGAAAUCUGCAAUUGUGUAGACAUUGUGAACGACAUGGACAAGUUGGGCCACGCGGAUGUACGACUGCUUACAAGUUGUUCUGCGAAAUUGGAAGCGUUGGAGCCACUUUUACGUAGACUGGUGCUUCAGGAAGGCAAGAAGGUGGUGAUUUACUCCCAGUUCAACGCCAUGUUCCCUAUCCUGGAAUUCUUCCUCUCUCUGCUAGAUAUCAACUACGUUCGCGUGACUGGAUCUGUCACUAUGCAACGUCGUGCGCUGUGUCACUUUGCUGAUCGCCCAGUGGUUCGCGUAGCACUUGCGUCUACUCGUCUGUCCAUGUCCAACGGGAGACGGGCAGUGUCAGUAUUCGGUGGUGAGGCCAUAAUUGUCGUGGACGGAGACUGGAACACCACGUGUGAUGCCAAGCUUCGUGCCAGUUGGGCGAAAAUGGCUGUGGGUGGUGCUGAUACGCUCCCAGUCUACCGAUUACACUGUGAGAAUACCAUUGAAUCCUCGUUAUUACGCGUGGGAGCUUCGCUCACUGAGAAGGUGUUUGGAGAGAUGAGUCCCCAAGAACUUCUGGCUGUGCCUUCUGACAUGACGUUGAGCUUGACGAUCGAAAAGCCGAGCUGGUGGUCUUCAACCGCCACCAGCAGCGGUGGAAACGGCUUGACGGAUACUGGAGCGAUGGCGAAACUUUCGCGUGUGGCUCAGCAGGUAGAGAACGAUGAAAAAUACUGCGGAGAUGCCAAUGAGUUGGAGGCCCCGCUCAUCGUACACAAUGUGGAUCUGGAUGCCGAGGAACAUCUCUUAUUAGCCAAUACGGACGAACUGACGCCUGUGGAAUGGUACGCUGUCAACUACGUACAUGGCGUGACUGACAAGAAACAACAAGGAGAUGGCAAGACUGUUGAAAGCGCCGAGAGUGUCGAAGACGAAGGCUCGACGUCUUUGAAUGAUAGCAACGCGUUCCUCCAGUCUGACGAGCGUUCAUUCGAGAAACUGGCAACGUUGGAGACUAAUCGCCUGUGGCAGGAAGGCGACGCAGCUUCUCAACUGUUUUUCACUCUCGACUCUCGCUACAGCGGCGUGGACGAACAUGCACUUGACAAGCUGUUUAUGCAGAUGCGUAUGGAAGGUAUGGAGACCCAUUUCGACGUCUACAAGCCUCCACAACCUCCUUUGUCCGAAGCUUCGAACGUGCCGCGUCUUUCGUCAGAAGUUGGCUCGAAUACGGGCAACCAGAUGACCUUCCGGGUAUCUUAUCGUGUGCCAGCUCCUCCACCUGCUCCAUUGCCUGGGAAGUCUAAAGUGGACCAAGCUGUUGAUCUAUCCAAGUUAUCCAAGGCCAACAAGAAGCAGAGAGCUAAUGUGGCAAGAGCUGGGAUGUCUGGAUUGGCUUCUGGAAGCUCCACAAACGCUACGGCUGCCUCCGCGGGUGUCAAGCGCAAGUUGGAGUCGCAGUUGGGAGGUAUCAAAUCUGGUUCUCAGAAGGAAAUGCGUGUGGAUUUGGAGGGGAUCCCUGUCCCUGAUGUGUCGGAGUUUGCUGACGACGAUUUCUGGGGCGACACGAACUUGGAUGCGUUGGAUUCGGCUGAGUGGGAUGACCCUGCACUACUUAGCGGCAUCCUUGGUGUUGGUGUAGGCGCCGGAACGGGAACUUCGUCUACUUCUUCGUCGGGUACCGUGUCCAGUGGCACGUCUGCAGCGCCAACGAAUGCUGCGGGCGCCUCAGGCGUAAUGGAUGCAGGACACCACUCGAAAACAGGCUCGCAGAAGAGCUCGAAGAAGUCGAAGACUGGAACAGGACGGGCUCGUAAGAGCAGCAUGUCGUCCGACUCUGGACGUGAGGCCUGGAGUGUGCACGACGACAUCAUCCUCAAGAAACUCUUCGAGCUGUACGGCGCCAACUGGACUCUUAUCGCUCAGGUGUUUAACUCGUCCACUGCAGUCUCUCGUUUUGUGUGCAAGAAACGCUCUCCACGACAAUGUUACGAUCGCUACGGCAAGAUUAUCUCCGGCAAUCUGGCGACGUCAACUGGUUCUGCUACGAAAGAUAGCAAGUCGGGGCUCAAGGCGCAGCGUGCAGCGCAGGCUGCGAAUGCUGCGGCUGCACAGCUCACGUCUGCUGUGCUGGAUACACGAAUCGGAUUGCCACAAAGUGAGCUGCUUCUCAAGUUCCCGUCACGUCACUCGUUACCUGGAUUACCCCCGGCUUCUAUCGCUAGUGCACCCAGCUUAGUGGAGAUGACACUGGCGCACAGGAAGCAAGCGACCGAUGCGAAGAAACCCACUGGAACGGACGAUCUCAAGUCGAUCAAGACCUCGUUUGACGCUAUUAUCCAGUGCAUGAAGCACAAGACGUCGCCGCCACCGAUCCCGAUACCGGUCGGAACCGGUUCUACGUCCACGUCGACGGAAUCGAGCUCGGAUCUCGGAACGAAGGCGUCACUUACAGCCGCGUUGUCUGCGUCUGAAGCUCCAACUCCUACUUCUACGACUCCAGUGUCUACCCCAACGAAAGCUACCGCUACUUCGGCCAAGAAAGCCACCGUUUCCCCUUCAGCAGCAGCGAAGGCGAUGCCUGUGGUGGUGCCGCCACCGCACAAGUCGCAUACGGAUAUGAUUUCACUGCUACCGACGGCGGUGUUGGGUCCAGACGAAGUGAUUAAACGCAGUAAGGAGGCUGCUGUGGUGGCUGUACAAGCAGCGGCAGCUGUAGCUUCAGUUGGACGGGACGGAUCGCCAUUGUCAGCUAGUGGCGAUGUUAUGCUUGGAGCUGGCUCGAACUUUGGAGCAGCAGUGAGUGGCUCGAUGCCGCGACGGUCACAUGCUGCGAGUCUGACUAGUGAAAUGACAGCAGUUGGAGUGAUGUCCACGUCUUCUAUUGCUCCUACAGUUCCUGCGACUGGAUCUACGACAGCGACAGGAUCGUGGGGAGGAAACAUGAUACAGACCAAUGGAUUGAACGCUACUACGUCUCUGGAGUUGAACGGGGCCUCUGUUAUCCCAGGAGCUGCUGGUAACGAGCCGCAACGAGCGAUGCCAGUGACUACGUCGACGCUACUGCACGUACUGGACCGUAUGCCUGAGAUCAAGAACAAGAUCCAGUCGAUCUUGAACCGCACAGACUGCUCCGAGUCGCAGAAGGUGGCGAUGAUCGCGCGGUUAUUGAGCAACACGAACGCUAUCAGCAACACUAACGCACUGACAGCUUCUGCGCCGCCUGCAGCGACGUCGAACAGCAACACGGUGUUAUCAGCUCUGACUGCCGACGCCAGUAUGCUCAACUCGUCAGACAUGCUCAUUGACACGGACACGCCCAUUCCGAUGCCAUCGUCGUUAGCCACGCCGUCGCCGUCGAGUGUGGCCACCCCGCAAGGACAGUUCCAGUCUCCGCCGGCGUCGCAACCCUGAGCCAAGUAGUUCUGGAGUUGCGUAGUGUAUCUAUGUAUGCAGCCAGCAGUUCAGUCUGCACCAGCUCAAGCGAGAGAAAAAAAAAACAAAUAGACAGCUAAGUAGUACGCAACUUCGUGAUCAUAACGUCUGCAAAGGUCAAGUCCUCGACUCAAUGGGCGCUACGCAACAACGCUUUAACACCCCACAAUAAUGCUACGGACAGGAAGAAAUUCACCGCUUCACUACGAGCACUGGGCGAUGUCUUUGCCGUCGCGGAAACUAUGGUUGUUACAACAGGAUUGUGGCACAAGUACGUGGCCAUGCAAGUCAGCAAGCCGAUCUGCCCAUCUUUGCAGACCAGAGCAACACCCUCGGAUUCUGCCGGGCCAGUGCGGGCAACAUGACGUCGGCAUCGUUGCAAGUUGGUUGGACGGACAGCAGCCGCAGUUGCGGCUCUGCAGUUAGCGGAUUAGUGCUCCAUGUUCACGCUGGCGCUCCGCCCGACAGUUCUCGUCAACAGGUCCGAUUAAUUGUAAAGCAACGUUACAGUAGUAAAUUCUGUUGGCGACCUUUUGAGCUGACUGCAUCACCUCUUUGCA